ACGGUGAGUUCUGUAUGGUCAGGAUUUUUAAAAAAUUGGCUACCAAACUAGAAAUUCAGCGAGAUCUUGUUCGUUCAUCGCCUCUCAGACUUCAAGAAAAACGCGGAAGGUGAUAAAUUUAGCCUAGUGUGUAAAAAAAAAAAGCCAUGAAACCCAGAUGGAAAAGGAUAUUGUCUACGUGAGGUGAUCCACGUAGACACCUGCUAGCAAGCCUGCGGCACAAGAAUUCGUAAUCGUUCAGCAUCUGGGCAACAAUAAAUAUGAGGCGCGUUGCAGAGUGGAAGAGCGAAGUUAGGUUAAUCCCAGUAUCCUGUACAGUCUUGCUCUGUCUCUUUUCCGAAGUUGAGUGACCCUGUCCAAAUUUAUUGAUGUAGCAUGGCAUUAUGGAGUUGGAUUCAAGCUGUUAUCGGAACAAGAGAUUUCCACUAUUUGAUUGGAUACCUUUGGCGUUCUCUCAUCGCCACUGAAUCCCCAGUUGAGUUACAUUUUGACGAGAUCCGGGACCGAUUGAAUGAUCGCAGUCUCAUUUAUCUGGAUGUCCGUAACAGAAUUGAAUUGCUUGUUGAUGGGAAAGUAGCCGGCAGUGUUAAUAUUCCGGAAACUGAAUUAGAAGGCGCAUUCGAUAGAAAUGAUCGCGAGUUUUUCGCUCUAUACGGAUUCUGCAAACCAACCAAAGGAGCUGAAAAUAUUGUGGUUGCUUGCCAUUCUGGGAGACGGGCCAUUACCGCUGUAGAAAAACUUUUAAGAUUAGGAUAUGGUUCUAUCAAGAUUUACAAAGGAAGUUUCCUGGACUGGAAGGCCAGAGGUGGUUUCAUUGUAAAACAGUACUAAAAUACUAAAAACACUUGAAAAAACAAAAGAUGCACAAACUAAUUCGAAGCCCUCAAAUUCUAAUGACGCUCUGUUUUAUUUAUUGCCAGAAAUUUUAACGUAUUGUGAUGGCUCAAGUAAUAUUAGAUUGAAAUCCUAAAAUCUUAUUCAGGAUUCCUCGCCGUAGAAAAUACAUUUAUAGAAUUUGCCCCUAUUUUGCUUUACGUAUUCUGGGAACCGAUACACAUAUUGGUUAACAAUUCACGUACGCAUCUCAUCUAGCAUAUGCCUCCAUUUGGCCCGGCUAUUCUAAAAGUUUGUUUGGACUUUGAUUGUCAAAGUGCCAAAAUUCCAUCCAGCAUAUAUUCGUAAUAGAAGGCACCAAAGUGUUGUCUGUUAUUUCUACCCUGAAUUGUCAACGACCUCCAAAAUAGAUCAGCGUCCGCCGGAUUCCCCACGAUUUGAAAAGCAUCUGGAGAGCGAAUGAUACUGCACUGCAAUCUGUAGUUGACAUCAUCCAUUCCUAAAUGUUGGAAAGUGAAUGCCGGUAUUUGGAAAAAGAAUCGGACUUCCGAAAUUUGUAAUCAGACAGCAGCAGCUGGCCGGAGAAGGUAAGUUCACUGUCCGUGCUAGUAAGCACUUUCUUUAUCAAUAUCACUAAUAACCCGAGUCAAUGGUCGGGGAGAGGAAUGAAUUUAUAGCUUAAUAAUACUUGCCACGAUGAGAAAAGAAACGAUUUGGAAAUUCACUUUUUAUCUCUAAUGGAUUGUCGAUACAACGGACAUGGCCGAAUGAUUACAUUUCUCUAGUUAUUACGCACUCGGAUCUCCACAAGAAGUUAAAAAGGAAGCAAGGCGAUAGAUUUUGUUCCCAUAAUAAUAAGCGAAAAACAUUAGCCAUCACAUGAUCGUGAACGAAAGAGAAAAUCCACGGAUAACUGUACACCCGGAAAAGAAAAAGAAGAAGAAAAAAACACCGGAUCUGGAACCCGGAAGAAAAAAGAUGUGCAUAUAAGAAGAUGCGAUAUCGGAGGACAGGACCAUUUUGUCACCGGCAGAGCUAUUGUGAUACUUAUCAUCAUCAUCAAAGAGGAUAUGCAACACUCAAUCCCAUUUUAUCAUCUAAAUCAUCUCCUUCCGACUUGGAUUCUGCGCUGGAACACGUCACUGAGAAUUCGACAAAGUUGAACCAUCGUAAACGGGGGAAACAUCUUUCGGUCCCUGUCCCCGUUGUGAAUAACUCGAUAGAACAUCCACCCCUUGAUAACGCGCUUCAAUCCAACGAGUCAAUCCAACUGCUGAAGGAAAAUUCAGCGGAAGACAAAUCGCCUGAUGAUGGAGAGUCUAGAAUUAAUCCACGUUUCGUUGGAUUUGAACUCGUUGGCGGCGAAGGCCUUCAUCCCCAUUGGAGGCACAUACAAAAAGGUGUGGAUACCCAUGAGGAAAUGGCUGAUGCGACUGGUCCACCGAUUGUACAUAUAACGCUUGCUGAUGAUGAACCUCCUGAUGAAGGCCUAAUCAACCGUGAACUAGAAAUAGGAGAACUUUUUCAAGAAACUUUUAGAGCCGAUUGGUCUCUACUAUCUGAUCGUCUUAGUAGGCUAGCAAGUUGGUUCAAUAUCGGAAGGUUUCUCAAAACGAAAAUAGGAUUCGGAAGGUUUUUGAAAUUCUCUUCCGGAUCAACUUCAGGAGCAACAACAACAAUUAUUGCAGGGCCACCAGGCCCUCCUGGUCCAACCGGCCCGACUGGACCUACCGGCCUGACUGGUCCAACUGGACCUGCUGGAGUUGAUGGAGUGGGAAUUCCAGGCACUCCGGGCAUUCCCGGAAUUCCUGGAACACCAGGAGCUGCUGGUGCAGCUGGGGCACCAGGGCCGACCGGGGCGACGGGACCGAGUGGAACUUCGGGGGCCGCUGGACCCACUGGCGCUAAUGGUCCUCCUGGCGCUCCUGGGCCGAGUGGGUCGCCAGGACCUGCUGGGGCAUCCGGACCACCUGGUGCUGCUGGUUCAGCUGGUCCUACUGGUGCUACCGGAAGUAUAGGAGCUCCAGGUCCAACGGGUCCAAGCGGUUCAACUGGUCCAGCAGGUUCAAAUGGCGCAAAUGGUCCUCCUGGAGCAGCGGGAGCGACCGGGCCACCAGGUGCUACAGGUCCCGCAGGAUCAUCGGGAGCUACAGGUCCCACUGGGCCGAGUGGAUCGGCAGGCCCCACUGGUCCACCAGGUCAAACUGGAACGGCUGGAGCUGCAGGCGCUGCAGGCUCGACUGGUGCGGUUGGGCCACCGGGACCACCGGGAAGUGCUGGGGCAGCUGGCGCUGCUGGCGCUGGAGGUUCAGCCGGGGCUACAGGUCCUCCUGGUCCUCCCGGAGCAACAGGAACAACGGGGGCCGCUGGAUCGGCGGGAGCGACGGGUCCACCAGGUGCUACAGGUCCCGCAGGAUCAUCGGGAGCUACAGGUCCCACUGGGCCGAGUGGAUCGGCAGGCCCCACUGGUCCACCAGGUCAAACUGGAACGGCUGGAGCUGCAGGCGCUGCAGGCUCUACUGGUGCGGUUGGGCCACCAGGACCACCGGGAAGUGCUGGGGCAGCGGGGGCUGCUGGCGCUGGAGGUUCGGCCGGGGCUACAGGGCCUCCCGGACCUCCCGGAGCAACAGGAACAACGGGGGCCGCUGGAGCUGCAGGUGCAGCAGGUUCAGCCGGGGCUACAGGGCCUCCCGGGCCUCCCGGAGCAGCAGGAGCUCCUGGCCCUCCAGGGGCACCAGGAGCCGCCGGCCGUAUCUCGGAUGAAAAUGGUGAAUAUAGCGAUGAUGACGAUUCAAUCAAUAUAGAAUCAAUCAACGGUGCACUGACACCCGACAGCCCCAAUGCAUUACUUAUGGAUAAUUCGACUAAACUUGAGACGACGACAAACCACCCAGAGAAAAAGCCUAUAAGGGUGCUGAAAAAGCCGGUGAACAAACCGGAUCCCAACACUAAUUCAUCCGUGUCAGAGCAAAUAGAAAAUAAUUUUCAUCAACCACAAGGAUCGGUGGAUUCAUUGGCGAUGACAUCUGCAUCGGUGUUGGCAGAUGUUGUUCGAGAUUCGCCCCUGUUUCUACAACCUGCAGAGCAAUUAUCAGUUCAAUGGCCACCGACAGGGCAGAUAUUGAAGCCCAUUGAAUCGCUACACUCGGAGCAAAACGCGAUUCAAAAUCUAUCGUCACAACAAACGGAGACUAUGCUGGUUCCUGGGUCACUGCAAUUUGAUCAAAAUAUGGGGUCAAUUUCAUUGCAGUCUGAGCAAAUAACGCAGCCGCUUGAGCCCAUCAAUUCAAAGGAGAAACCAGUUGAACCUGUAAAGGCGGAAUCACUCGAGUUCUCUCAGUCGGAAGAAAACGAUUCUGUGCUGCUGAUGGGCGAAAUACUUAAGCAGUUUGAGAUCGUCACGCAAAAGCCUUUCGAGUUGGCGACUAAUCCGGGUGAAUCUUUACUUCCGGAGCCCAUUGUGGAGAAAUUUGGAUCGUUUCAGACGGAGAAAACGACGACACCACUCGAUUGGAAGCCACCUGCUAACAUUACAAAUCCGCCAAUUCAAUUCGGUACGGAGAAACCAUUCGAGUUGCUGCCAACGAUUCAAACUGAGAAACAAAUAAAAGUCGAAUCACUUCAUCAACCGGAACAAAAUCUCACCGAGUCGCCAUCCGAUAAAACCGCGCCUGUUAAAUCCGGAGAACAAGUUCAAAUAGAAAUCAAACAACAAGAUAAUUCAGAUGAAUCUGUACUGCCAGUGCAAAUAGCAGAGCAAUUUGAUUUCAUUUUGCCACAUCAUUCAUUCGAGUUGGAACAAGCUGAGAAGUCGAUUGAACCUUUUAAACCGGAAGAUAUCAAACAUUCAGAAUCAUUGCCUCAGAAAAAUAAGGAAGAAUUAUUGGUUGAUUCAAUUGUUGAAACGGUUCCGCCCACCAAGAAGGUGGAUUCGCAAAUACAAUUCGAGCAAACAACUGUGAAACCAAUCGAGUGGAUGCAAGUUGAGAAAAACAAGUCAAUUGAAUCUGUGCCGGAGCAAAAAGAAAAGCCAGGUAAAUCAAUAGAGAUUAAGCAAAAGGUGAAUCCACUUGAGAAAUUGCAACGAAUGACGAAACUAGCAGAAAUGGCCAAAAAUUAUUCAGAAAAAACAGCAGAUGCAGAAGAGCAGCAAGCCGGGCAAAUAGAAAAACCAGUAGAGCACGCACAGGCACAGGAAGUGAAUGCACACGAACAUGCGCAACAAGACCGAAAUGAGAAACCAAAUGAUUUAUUAUUACUCCAGCCAACAGAUAUGCCAUCCGCAGUUGAACUCCUAGCCCCACCGAUUGAAAAGGUUGACGAACGCCGAAUUCAGCAUCAUCCGGAUGAAAAUUUGAAUGUUGCAACAACAACUGAGCAAGUUGUGUCCGAGGACUCCGAGCUGGACGACGAAAUUUCACGAAUCAUACAAACUUUAUCAGAUGGAUAUGAUUCAACAUUUGAGCAAGAAGUGCUUACCGAUCUUGCAAAUUCCACAAAUAAGGGUGAAUUACGCAUACCCGAUACAACCGUCAUUCCAUCUUAUCAACAAGAAAGUAAACCUACAGAGGAAAAACUAAGUGCGAUUUCUCCGGUCUACCCCACGCUAAACGAAAAAUAUGAAAAAGAAGAAACAGCAGCUGAUUUGCUCCGAAAAUUUUACUCAUCAUAUAUUCGACCAGCAAGAAAAACUGAAUCAGUUGAUCAUCUAAAGAUAGGGGAAAUACAUCCCAAUCAUAAUAGCUGAAUAACGUAGGAAAUAAACAGCCCGACAAAGUUUUGGAGGAACUCUCUGCAUAAUAUGCGUUUAUUUUCAUUGUACAAAUGUUACUGUUUUGCCAAUAAAUUUCCGUGUUUUUUGUUGA